AUGUGGUGUCAUGUCAUAUCAGAUGUUCCACCCAAUUUACUUAUUCAAAAUGUACAAGCACAAUUAAUUGGCGAAGAAGAGCCGAUUAUGCAAGAAAACGUUGGAGAUUUAAUUUUAAAUGCAUUCAAGUCUGACCCGAAUUUUAUCGGACAGGUGAAUGCAGAGACAGAAGAGCAACUUACAUUUCAACAGAUGAGAGAGAAUAGUGUGAAGUGCGCAUUAUGGCUAAAGAAAGAAGGUAUAAAAAAAGGCGAUGUAGUAGCAAUAUGUACACGCAAUUCAUCAGCCGUUUAUGCACCGUUUCUAGCGAGUAUAUAUAUCGGUGCUAUUGUAAAUCCGUGGGAGGAAAAACAUUUCGAAGAAGUUUUACAAGUUAUGUACUUGUUGUUAAAAUAUGAACCAGAUCUAAUUUUUGUCGAUCAUGACCACUUUAGUGAGCUCAUCUCAGCCACAGCGAUUUUAAAAAAAAUUAAAAAAGUAAUUAAAGUAAUAACCAUUGGUAAAGUUGAAUCUUCAGUCUUCAUAUUUAACUCCCUGGAAGUUAUACUGAAUUAUGACUUUGAUAAGACUGAAAUUGACAUGUUUUCCUGCGCGAAAAAUGAUAUAAGGGAUAUCGCAGUUAGAACAUUUUGUUCUUCUGCAACGGAUUACGGUAAAGAUGGCGUAGAAAUUCCUUACAUAUCGUUCGUAUCCCCGUCAAACAGGCAGACACCUGUUAUGUCUCCCGGUAAAAUUGGCCUAUGGUACGGAUCUUUAUGUUGGACUCACGGUUCGCUUUUGACCGUUCACGCUAUACUUUCACAUGUAACAGCGAUAAAAUCUGUAGUACAAACCAUGGAAAAUUUUGUAAAGGUCAUAAACAAGUAUAAGAAGUCCAACAAUAAAUUGGGAAUCGUGCUUCCCCGCAUAUUGAGCGGGAAAGAAGAAUUACUUCACAACGUAAAUAUUGGAAACAUGAUUUUGAGCGCAUUUAAAUCUAAGCCGGAGUUUAUCGGUCAGAUAGAUGCAGUUACGGAAGAACAAACCACAUACCAGCAGAUGCGGGAGAACAGUGUUAAAUGUGCAUUAUGGUUAAGGCAAUUGCGCUGUAAAACGAGCACAAUAGUAAUAUGCACACGUCAUAAAAUGCUCGAAUAUAUACCAUUUCUAGCAAGCUUAUAUAUUGGUGCUAUUGUUAAGACGUGGGAUAAAAAGUACAUGAAUGAUAUUAUACGGAUCAUGUAUUUUCUAAUAGAACAUGAACCAGAUAUAAUCUUUAUCGAUAGUGAUAAUAUGAAGCACCUUAAAUUAGCUAUUGAACUCUUAAAUUUCGAAAAAAGAAUCAUAACUGAUCUGAAAAUUAUAACUUUUGGUAGAACUGAAGAUGUCGAUUCUUUCGAAUCAAUUAUGGACAACGUGUACGAUAAGAACAAAAUCGACAAAUUUUCCUGCGUUAAGUUGAAACCAAUGGAUAUCGUAGCCAUAAUGUUUUCUCCCAGUGCAACAAAUUAUCCUGAUAGUAAAGUGUAUAUUCGUUGUUUUGCAUUUACAUAUCCAUCAAACCAGGAGGUACCUGUAAUGAAUUCCGGUGACAUUGGUCUAUGGUAUGGAUCUUUAAAUUGGAGUUAUAGUGUGAUCUUGACCGUUCGUAGUAUAAUUUCGUACGUAACAGUGGUCAAAUGUUCGCAAUUCAGCGAUGAAAAUUUGUACAAAACGAUAGAGAAGUACAAGUUAUUGUUUUAUGAUAUGAAAUCGGAAGAAAUAAUUAAUUCGUGCAAAACAGGCACGAUCUGGUACAAAUUUUUAUUCAAAUGGUGCUCUCCUAAGACGUGCAAAUUGCAAAAUUGUUACAACUUUCAAGCAAAAGAAAAUAGCAUCGGCAAGGAGACAAAAACAUUUUUUAGUCAAAUAUGGCGCUGCACCGGAGAUUAUGGUUAUUAUGAAAGAAGUGGCGAAAUCUACAUCAUCGAUAAAAUAAAGGACCUUAUUAAAUAUAAAAUAUUCUAUCUCUCACCCACAAGAAUUGAGAAUACUUUACUACAACAUCCAGCAGUGUCAGAAGUUGUUGUACGAUCUGUGCCACAUAGUAAUAAUGGUCAACAUCCUGUGGCUUAUGUUAAAAAAAAAUUUGAAACGCAGGUAACGGCAGUGGAAUUGAUAGAAUUUGUUGCAAACAAUUUGCCUGAUAUCUACAAAUUGCGUGGAGGCCUGCACUUCAGGAGACGUAUGCCAUAUCUGCCCAAUGGAAAAAUCGAUCGAAUGCAAAUUGAGCAAAUUGACAGCAUGUCGUAA